UUUGCAAUGCUGGCCUCCGGACGAACGGAGGCGCUCCUCGGAGAGUUCAUAUCACAACAGAGAGGCAACAUGACGACGUUACGGCCGUUCAACUGCGACGAUUUGUUCAAAUUCAACAAUAUCAACAUGGACCCUUUGACCGAAACAUACGGGAUCCCAUUCUACCUGCAGUACUUGGCCCACUGGCCAGAGUACUUUAUCGUCGCCGAGGCUCCAGGAGGCGAACUCAUGGGAUACAUCAUGGGGAAGGCUGAAGGCUCCGUGGCGCGAGAAGAGUGGCACGGCCACGUCACCGCGCUGUCCGUGGCGCCUGAGUUCCGCCGGCUGGGACUGGCCGCCAAACUCAUGGAGAUGCUGGAGGAGAUCUCGGAGAGGAAAGGCGGAUUCUUCGUGGACCUGUUUGUGCGCGUGUCCAACCAGGUGGCGGUCAGCAUGUACAAACGUCUGGGUUACAGCGUCUACAGGACCGUCAUCGAGUACUACUCUGCAAGUAACGGCGAACCGGACGAAGACGCUUACGACAUGAGGAAGGCUUUGUCCAGAGACACGGAGAAGAAGUCCAUCGUCCCCCUGCCGCAUCCCGUCAGGCCGGAGGACAUCGAAUAACCGCCGUCGUGGCUCUCUGGCGGGAGACGACAACGGGGGAAAAAAAGUUGGAGCCGAAAUUGACCGGACUAGAAGUCGCACUUCAUUGCCACUCGUGCUCGGGUCCGGCUGAAAAACACAGUAAUUGGACAUCUAUGGUUUUCAAUGGAAGAAAUGCCGUCACUGCUUUCCACAUGCCGGAGAGUCACAGAGGAAAAUCUUUAAUCGUUGUACAUUCUCAAUAAACUUUUGAAAAAAUAAACAGUCAUAAAUACAACCGGAAUGACCUCAAUUUAUUUGAAUCGGGAAGGCUCGAUGUGAAUGAUCAUAUUUU